AGCUCAUUUGCAAGGUAUCGCAAUACACACUGGAAGGAACACAGUGUCCUUACAGGCAGCAGCAUCUGCAACCAUCGUAUCUGGUACUACAUGAGAGCUCCUGCUAACUGAAAACAAUGCACCUGGUUUUGUAUCUCCUUAUCUUGGGUUCUGGCCUGCCUUCUGCCACGGCACAGACCUCUGAGGGCCCUCCACCUGUAGAUCAGUCUUCAACAACAGCUGACACCAUGUAUAUCCAGCAGGUUUACAAUACAACUGUUGGCUCCACACUCUCACCUGACCCAGGAUCAAGCAGAACGCACCUAAACUCUACACUCUCUGAUUAUAAUACAGCGCACGCUAAUGAUAGCAACGCUACUGACAGCUCUAUGGUCACAACUCCUAUUUACACGCCUACCAUGACCACAGUUGUCCCAGUACCAUCAAAUACACCAGCCCCAAAUACACCUGCCCCAACUAUAAGAGAACGUCUAACAGCGCCAGGCCAUAUGACGACCGCCAGACCCAGUCUAGGUCCUUACACAGGCAACAGCACAGUUCCUGUCAUCGUCAUCCUGUUCAUCUUUGCUGGUCUAGUAAUUGGUGUUGCAUGUUUCCUCUCACGAAAGAGGUCAAGGCGGUUCUCCGUAGACCUGCGCUCGGGCAGGCAGGAGGACGCUGAGGUUCCACUCAGCACCGUGGAGCCCGAGGGCGCUGACGACUCUUUGUCCAGGAACGGCAUGCAAACCUUUGCUGGCGCUACCGCCGGAGCCCAAGACUCCACCCCGAUGACUGACGCUAAGAAAGGGGAGGAAGAGAAAGCGGAUGCAGACAAACCAGCCAAUGACUCCGUUCCUGACCCAGCCCCAGCCUCAAGCCCAGCUUCAAGCCCAGCCCCAGCCCCAGCCUCAAGCCCAACUUCAAGCCCAGCCCCAACCCAAGUCUCAAGCCCAGCCCCAGCCCCAGCCUCAAGCCCAGCCUCAAGCCCAGCCUCAAGCCCAGCCCCAGCCUCCAGCCCAGCCCCAGGUUCCCCUGAGGGGGCCAAAGCAGGAGAGCAGGCCCCUGUGGAGGAGACCCAAGUGAAGAAGACUGACAAUGAGAUCAAAUCCAGCCAGACCUCUGAGACACUGAAAGAGCCCUCCAAUGUAAACAACAACAACUCCAUGAACGGACCUGCUGGAGGGAGGCUGCGCCGUAGCUUGUCCCAGAUCCCCCAGGACAACCCAGCGUGAGGUCGACCUGCUCCUCCCCUCUCUUCUGCACACACGAAGAACCAAGAAGAUACGAAGAAAAACUCAAGAAGAAAAAUCAUCUGGAACAUCGCAAUUGUUCAUCAGACUUGUAUGUGUGUGUAUCGAUAAGGUUGCUUUUUGUGAGCUAUUGCCAUAACUCACUCAUCUUUACACCAGAACUCUUGAUGUUUUUAUACUGUACAUAUUUGCAAGUAACGAGAAGACAUUAUUUUGGGAUUAAUAAUUUUUUUCUCUAAAUGCUAAAAUGUAAAUGCCAGGUUGUGCUUAAAUGCUUAAAGCAUUUUAAAUGAUUUUAAUUAAUAAUAAUAAUGAAUAAUUAAUUUAAUUUAUAACGCACUCUACAUUCAGUUGAAUCUCAAAGUGCCACAGUACAUAGUAAGAACAGUUAAAAACAAACGAUAAUAAAAUACAUUUAAAAAGUAAGAAACGCCUUUCUAAAUAGAACGAUUUUUAGGCCAGUCUUAAAAGAGUGCAGUGUCUGUGUUGCCCUUAUGUGGUCAGGGAGGCUGUUCCACAGGCUGCCGUGCAAAAGGCCCGGUCGCUCAUGGUGCAGAGCUUGGUGUUGGGGACCCGGAGGAGCGAGCUGUUUGUCAAUCUGAGGGUGUAUAAAUGAACUGUAUUUGCUGUGUGCAUAUUUCCAUUAACCAAUCCAACUUUUGUAUUCAUUCAUUUUUAUUAAAAUGUAUCUGCUUAAGGCUG